AUGAACAACCACAACAAUGAAGAAAACAAUGAAGAAAUCAAUAGAAAGAGGAAGAAUUUUCAUACUCAUUUCGAAAAUCGUUGCGAAAAUCUACUAGAAGAAGAAGAAGAUGAUGAACUCUUGAAACUUUCAUUAAUGACACCCUUUCGUUCUACUAGACCUCGAAUACAACCUCGUGAAAAUAUCGAAUCUCUCUCACCACCACUCAUACUUGAAAAUCACGAAUCGAGUACUUUGAACCUCCCACAACUCGCGAUUUUAACACCAACCAUUCUAAAAAAAGAAACUGGUCAGCGUAAAAGACGUAACUCCUUAAAGCCAAAGCCGGGUAAUGCUAAAGAGGUGAUUAUUGAGACUAUCACUCCUCCAUUUCCUUGGGCGACUAACUUAAUAGCUACAGUCCACACGUUGCAAUACUUGUUAUCCAAGCAACUUUUCAUGAUAAGCGGAGAUGUUCAAUGCAAGAGGUGUGAAAGGAGAUACACUAUGGAAUUCGAUUUGAAAGAAAAGUUUGUUGAAAUUGGAUCUUACGUGAUGAAAAAUAAGACUUUACUGAAGGAACGUGCACCGUCUAUAUGGAUGACUCCUCUUCUUCCUACUUGUCAAUUUUGUAAACAAGAGAAUAGUGUGAAACCGAUUAUUUGUGCAGAUAAGAAUAAGAUAAAUUGGUUGUUUCUGUUACUUGGUCAGAUGUUGGGCUGUUGUACGCUCGAUGAACUUAAGUUUUUUUGUGAACAUACUGAUAAUCAUCGAACGGGUGCAAAGGAUCGUGUUCUUUUUUUGGCAUACCUAACGUUGUGCAGGCAAGUCGAUCCAUCUGGUCCAUUUUAUCGUUGA